UACACAGUCAAGACGUACUUGUGAGCCACGGUGUGAAAAUAUGAAGCUGUGCGCGUUUGUUUUGCUUCUAGUCUUUUGUUACGUUCACUGUCGUAAAACGUAUGCGCCAAUAGACAAGAAUGCGAACAUUGCUUUCAUUAAUAUGGAAGCCGGAGGUGGCCCACCUCCCAACAGUAACCGUACCCCACCGUCCCCUCAGAAGAGCCCUUCACCAGUUGUAUCGGCGCCACAACCUACACCACCAAGCCCGACAACAACAAAACCAGUAUCCCCUAGUAUUCAACAAGCUCCUGUACCAGCUACACUUGCGCCUAGUCCCCUUCCCAACCAAAUUAAACCCAAACCAGUCAAUCCAAGCCCUGCUGUAAAACCCAUAACAACUCCUGGACCCGGAACUGUCAAGCAACUGGUCAAUUUCUAUGAUAGCCAAGGAAAAGCGAGCCCCAUCCGACCUUACAGUUACAGUCAAGCAGUGAAGCAAGGUUAAUGUCGGAAAAAGAAGCGAUAUCUAUAACUGGAUAUUUAAAUUAAUUUUGGAUUCAUAUAUUUCAUAAUAAUAAACAUUUUAGAAUA